AUGGGAGAUAUUCAUGGGCAGUAUUCGGAUCUUUUGAGGCUUUUUGAAUACGGGGGUUUCCCUCCUAAGGCUAAUUAUUUAUUCCUUGGGGACUAUGUUGACCGUGGCAAGCAGAGUUUGGAAACAAUAUGCCUUUUGCUUGCAUAUAAAAUCAAAUACCCCGAGAACUUCUUUCUUUUAAGAGGAAAUCAUGAAUGCGCCUCUAUCAACCGGAUUUAUGGAUUUUAUGAUGAAUGCAAACGCCGAUUCAAUGUGAGACUAUGGAAAGUAUUUACUGAUUGUUUUAACUGCCUUCCUGUAGCUGCUCUAAUCGAUGACAAGAUAUUGUGCAUGCAUGGUGGCCUUUCCCCUGAUUUAACAAAUUUGGAUCAGAUUAGGAAGUUACCCCGUCCAACUGAUGUUCCAGAUUCUGGUUUACUUUGUGAUUUACUUUGGUCAGAUCCUGGACAAGAUGUCAAGGGCUGGGGAAUGAAUGACCGGGGAGUCUCAUACACUUUUGGGCCAGAUGCGGUGUCAGAUUUUUUGAUGAAGCAUGAUAUGGACCUGGUCUGUCGUGCACAUCAGGUUGUUGAGGAUGGGUAUGAGUUCUUUGCUGAUAGACAGCUCGUCACAAUAUUUUCUGCUCCCAACUAUUGCGGUGAAUUUGAUAAUGCUGGUGCAAUGAUGAGUGUUGAUGAAAGCUUAAUGUGCUCUUUCCAAAUCCUUAAGCCUACAGAUAAAAAGCCAAGUCUAUUUGUGAGUUAAGGAAAAAUCAGUUGAAGAUAAACCUGUUUUAUAGCUCCUUCAGUGUCGGAAGUUGCAGAUCAUUAUGCUUCUUUCAGCAUUGAGGGGAUGAGUUAUUUGUUAAAAUUUAUUGCGUCAAAAGAGGAGCUCUCCUACUUCAACGUGGAGGUAACUUCUUCAUAGGGCGGCAUCAAUGGGCAGGGUAUUCAUUUUUUUCAAUUAAGUUUUCACACGGAAAUUCAAUGGCCGUGUAUAUUCAUAAUGUUUUGUAAAUUACUGCACUUUGUAGAAUGUAAGAC